AUGCCCAUCGUCCCUGUCCCGCCAUGUAAGAAACCACGUCAACCUCCAAGCAAUGCCGCUAUUCACCCCACAGAGGAUAUUCUCGGUUGGGAUUCUCAACAUGCCUAUAUUCAAAGAUGGGUCCGCAUGACGCAAGAAGAGAAGAACAACAAUGUCAAGUUUCAAGUUGUUCAAAACGAUUCCAAGCGCGACAGCCUUCUCCUGUUGUUGGGCCUCAAAAACGUUUUCGUCAAGCAGCUGCCCAACAUGCCGCGUCCAUACGUAUCUCGCUUGGUUUUUGAUCGAAAACAUGAAUCCUUGGCGCUAUUGAGAAGAAAGGACAAUGAUUAUACUGUUAUGGGGGGGUGCUGCUACCGGCCUUUUCCGGAUCAGAAAUUUGGCGAGAUCGCGUUUUUGGCGAUUUCUCAAAACGUGCAAGUCCAAGGAUAUGGUACCCGAUUGAUGGCACAAACGAAGGAGAGAGCAAAGAGCAUUGGUCUCACCCAUCUGCUCACAUGUGCGGAUAACAAUGCGGUCGCUUAUUUUAAAAAACAAGGGUUCAGUAAGAAAAUCACUUUACCCUUCGAGAAAUGGCAAGGCUAUAUCAAGGACUAUGAUGGAGUCACGCUGAUGGAGUGUGUCUUGCACGCUAAGGUGGAUUAUUUGAACAUUCCCAUGUUGUUGAAAGCGCAGAAGACAGCCAUGGUUGAGAAAUUGAAAGAGAUUUCCAAUUCGCACAUUGUGUUUCCUGGAAUUGACGUAACGUCAAGGAAAGGACUGAAAAUUGAGGAUAUACCAGGGUUGAAGGAAAUUGGGUGGAAAAAGGACAAGAAUGGGGCGUUUUCAACGAGAGGAGGUCCGACCGCCGGGUUUUCAGUGCGCGACAAGGCAUCUCAGGAACUGUUGCAUAAGCACUUGCAGUCCGUGCUGAAGGAAAUAAAAUCACACGACUGUUCGUGGCCCUUUUUAGAACCUGUGAAUGCACAGGAGACUGGUGCCAUCGACUACUAUGAGGUCAUUAAGAACCCAAUGGACUUAAAAACGAUGCACGACAGACUCGAGGAAGGAUGGUUCUAUGUAACAAAAGAAAUCUUCAUCGCGGACAUGAAGCGGAUGGUAGAGAAUUGCAAGAAGUACAACGGGAAAGGGCACUACGUCACUGACCUAGCAAUUCAACUGGAAAAGGCAUUCAUGAGCAAAAUAUAGACGUCACAUGGACGAGGCGCCUGAAUUUUUCCGUUCUUGUCGUUCGAUAGUAAUGAAGCAAGAAAAUUGAACCUGUAUUUACCUUUGACCAUGCUUGACAUGUAUGUGCGUAUUAUGGUAACGGCCUGACUCACACUGACUUCGAUGAAUUUGCUGAAAAAAGAAAAGACAAAGUUGAGCCUUGAAGUGCCGGUGCGUGUGCCGGGAGAGCAACAUCAUAUUCUACUACGCGUCGUGUUUCCCCAGAAAUUCGGCUUUCAGAGUCGGACACGUGUGAAGAGGAUAUAUUUCAUAGGCUCGGUAUUGGACCUACAGCGCGGGGGAUGUCGUUGAGAUUUUGAAAAUCUACGCAAAUCGCCUCGUAGCCCCUCGAUAGGGGCACAAGGUAAAAACCCUACUCGAAGGACCAAUACGGUACAUGCGGUGCAUACUGCACACAGUCGAUA